AAGCAUCAGGACCACUCUCUCCUUCCCAUCAGAGUCAUUUCGGAGCAGGAGAUCCCUCUGAGGACCCUCGGGGAAUGGCCCCUGAACGGGAUGGCUCCAACACCACCAGCACGGCCACCAGCAGAGUCUUGGCCAACCAGUUCGCGCAGCCCUCGUGGCGCAUCGCGCUCUGGUCCGUGGCAUACGUCACAGUGCUGGCAGUGGCAGUCUUCGGCAAUUUGAUUGUAAUUUGGAUCAUUCUUGCUCACAAGCGGAUGAGGACUGUCACCAACUACUUCGUACUGAACUUGGCUUUCUCUGACUUCUCCAUGGCUGCCUUCAACACCCUCAUCAACUUCAUCUACGCAGCCCACGGUGACUGGUACUUUGGAGACGUCUACUGCAGGUUCCACAACUUCUUCCCGGUCACGGCUGUGUUUGCCAGCAUCUACUCCAUGGCAGCGAUAGCCUUAGACAGAUACAUGGCCAUCAUUCAUCCUCUGAAGCCUCGUCUGUCGGCUAAAGUCACACUAGGAGUUAUCUUCUGCAUCUGGACCCUAGCUGUGGCUCUUGCCUUCCCUCUCUGCUACUUCUCCACCACCAGAACUCUACCAGGGAGAACCUUCUGUUAUGUGGCCUGGCCCCGCAUGGUGGACGACCCCUUCAUGUAUCACAUCAUAGUUACUGUCCUGGUUUAUAUGCUGCCGUUAGCUGUGAUGGGCAUUACUUACACCAUAAUUGGAGUGUCGCUGUGGGGAAGUGAGAUCCCAGGAGACUCAUCUGAAAACUAUCAUGCACAACUCCGGGCUAAAAGGAAGGUGGUGAAAAUGAUGCUCAUUGUGGUGGUGACGUUUGCCCUCUGCUGGUUGCCAUAUCAUGUCUACUUCAUUGUGACCGGUCUCAAUAAACGUCUGAUCAAGUGGAAGUACAUCCAGCAGAUUUACCUGUCAGUGCUUUGGCUGGCCAUGAGCUCCACCAUGUAUAAUCCCAUCAUCUACUGCUGCCUCAACAGCAGAUUCAGGGCUGGCUUCAAGCAGGUCUUCCGCUGCUGUCCCUUCAUCCGGAUGUCAAGUUACGACGAGCUGGAGCUCCAAAGCACCAGACUUCGGCCGUGUCACCAGAGCAGCAUGUGUACCCUGUCUCGAGUCGACACCAGCAUCCUGAGCAAAAGCAAGAGUAUUUGUUCCCGAGGAAACAGGUCAAAGGCAAACUCUGAGCAGAAUAAUAAAGACAGCUAGACUUCAUGGGACUCUCUCUCGUUUCCUGCUCAGAAUAUGAUGUUUACAGUGUUUUAUGUAUAUAAGUGUUUGAUAUUUUGACAACUUGUGUUAUUUUUUAAACUUCUUGCAUAUCUUUCCAGGUAAUUAAGACUAGAUUACAAGCAGAUUAAGGCUGGAAAAGAGUUACUAGGAUUUUGUUGCACUGAUAGUGAGAAAAUCUCAAAGCAAAGUCUUCAGUAGAACCAUAGGUUUGCCACCCAAAUCUUAAAAAUGGAGAAGUAGUAGCUCCACCUCUUCCAUUGUCCAGACGCCUUUGCUGUGAGACACACUUCCUCCGAAAACAGGAAAGUUGCACUGAUAGUGCUUUGGCUUUGCACUGAUGACACACAUGGGGGAUGACAAUAGACCAUCUGAGAUAACAACUUGCUAAAAGAAAGACAUUAAUGCUGGUGUUGACAGCAUACGGGACUAUAUUAUAAUAGGUUUGUGGAACCAGUAUAAAAUAAAACUCACAAGAAGACUGGUGGUUUUGAGGAUAAAGACAGAAAUAAUAGACAGAUCAUCUUAACCACAACCCAAAAUGUCUUUGGCAUCCAUUUAAAAAUCUAUUUUUGAUUUCAAAAUAAGCACUUGAAAGGUUUUCUUUAAAUUUUCCCAAAUUAAAAUUUAGUACUACUUAAACACUCAAGUUGAAGGGAAACUUACAAACUUAUUUCCCCCGAGAAAAAACUCAUUGGCUUAAUGAGAAUUAUUUUGAAAUCUACCAGGAGUAUGAAUAAUUUUAGGCUUAACUGUAUCAUGUCGUAACAUGCAGGAGUGCAUUUUUCACCUGCGACAACAUACCAGGAGUUACCGUUACAUAAAUUAACGAACAUCUUUGAAUGAUACGCAGCAUAUUUUCACCGAUUUUCAUUUAUUUUCAGAUAAAUAUAUAUAUUUUUCUACCUGCGGUCCAUUAUUUGUUGCUUGAUGUCCCGUCUAAUAGUUUUUAUUCUUCUCAGUGAAAUGUGUUGUGGAAAAAAAAAAUUAUUUGCUGCAAAACACUUCAAAAAUCCUAUUUCCAUGUCAGUGAAAGGGAAAUGUUAGUGCACUGGUGUUUCAUUAAGAUGUAUAAUAUUUUGUAUAUACGUGCUUUUCCGUGAUGCAUUUAAAGAGAAGAGUUGCUACAUGUCGAGUAAAGCCUGUUAAUGAUUUGUAGAAUGAUUUUAUUUCUGUUUGAGGUAUAUUUCUUUAUGUGUUAAACAUCAGUGGUUGUUAAUCCCUAAGAAAGAGUUUUGUUAAUACAA